AUGUUGGACCUGGACCUCAGCGGGCUCGACGGCAAGGAGGUGCGCCUGAGCGUGGAGGAGGACCUUCUAGGCAGCGAGCUCUUGCAGCGGGUGAGGGAACAGCUUCCGCUGAAGCCAGGCGGAGUGCUUCACCUGAGCUUGGGUGACAAGGAGAUAUUGCUGGACCGCACGCUGCAGGAGCAGGGUGUGUCGUCUUCCACUGGCGUCUUCACCUACACGCAUACCAACGUGCUGGACGCGUGGGAAGCUCUUCAGUCAGGACACGUGGAGAACCAGGUGCUCGAUGGAGUCACACAGCUGAUCUGGGAAAAGGAAAGCGUCCAGGCGUUGUUGGAAAAGUUGCCGGUGACCCUGCAGAGUAUGACCUUUGGCGACAACUUUAACCUUCGUCUGCAGGGGGUGUCCUUACCCGGCAGCUUGCAGAUACUCACCUUUGGCGAACAUUUUAACCAAAGUUUGCAGGGCGUGGCGUGGCCCGGCAACUUGCGAAGCCUGAGCUUCGGCCACUGUUUCAACCGCAGCUUGCAAGGGGUGACCUUGCCCGAAGGCUUGCAGAGCCUGGCCUUUGGGGAGCGCUUCAACCAGAGUCUGCAGCGCGUCAGUCUGCCCAGCCGCCUCUUGAGCCUGAAGUUUGGAGAUGAGUUUGACCAAAGUCUGCAGGGCGUCAACCUCCCCGAAGGACUGCAGAGCUUGGCUUUCGGCAGCAGCUUCGACCAGAGCAUGCAGCAAGUGACGCUGCCCAGUGGCUUGCAGAGCCUGGCAUUCGGGGAUGCGUUCAACCAAAGCCUGCAGCACGUUUCGCUGCCGUACGGCCUGGAAUGCAUGAAACUGGGCAGGAGAUUCAACCAGAGCAUGCGAGGGGUCCUUCUGCCCCGAAGCUUGCGGAGCCUGUGCUUUGGCAUGAGCUUCAACCAAAGCAUGCAUGGUGUGACGCUGCCGGGCCAACUGCAACACCUGAAGUUUGGGGAUGAGUUCAACCAGAGCUUGGGGACCCUUCCCCUCAGCCUUCAAGACCUGGCCCUGGGCGCGCAGUUUGCAGGCUGGCAGGACUUCAACUCGCGCGACUUGCAGAGCUUGACGCUCAACGAUCACGCGAUAGGUUUGGACCUGUCUCUCCUCCCGAAGUUGCAGAACUUGAGGUUCGAUGAUGAGUUCAACCAGCCUUUGAACCUAACUCUUCCCAGCUUGCAGAGCUUGACCUUCGGACAUGAGUUCAACCAGAGCCUGCAGGAGGUCGCGUUGCCCAGCAGCCUGCGGAUCCUGAAGUUUGGCUUCAAGUUCAACCAGAGUUUGGAAAAGGUGAGUUUACCUAGCAACUUACAGCACUUGACAUUUGGCGCAAGAUUCAAUCAAAGCUUAGAGGGCGUGGCUUUGCCCAGCAGCUUGGCGUCCUUGUGCUUUGGCUAUGAGUUCAAGCACGGCUUACAGAGGGUCCAUCUGCCGGAGCUGCAGCACCUGGUCCUUGGCGAACGCUUCAACCAGAGUCUGCAUGGCCUGAGUCUGCCCUGCAGCUUGCAGAGCUUGAGAUUUGGGAACUUCUUCAACCAGGAGCUGAUUCCCUUGCCCGACAGCUUGCAGAGCUUGACGUUCGGCCGCGAUUUCAACCAAACCUUGUUGCAUGUCACCUUGCCACCAGGCUUAAAGCACCUGAGCUUUGGAGACGAGUUUAAUCAAACUUUGGGACAUCUGCCCAGUGGAUUGCAGAGCUUGAGCUUCGGCUAUGAGUUCAAUCAACCCCUGGAGACCUUACCAGGUGGCUUGCUGAGCCUGACAUUUGGUGACCGCUUCAGUCGAAACCUGGACCUUACUUUGCCCGACUUGCAGAGGUUGUGCGCUGGCCGGGUCACAGUCAGCGCUGAGGCAGUCGAGCCUUGA